ACAAGAUCAGAGGACUUUUUUCUUUUAUAAUGGUACGCUGCUAAUACAUGAGAAGCACCAACUGUGGCUCAGGAGCUACUGGACUGCACCAGUUUCAACAUGUAAAGGCAUGUAAACGCCAUGUCAGCUUCCACACAUACAACCAAGAAGCUUUGACUGGGAGACUGGAAAAUCUUUUUGAAAUUUCCAAUAUAUCUGACUUGGUGGUUAAUAAAACGACAGCGCCUUAAAAUGCAAACAAGCAUGUUGCCCAAUAUCACCAACGCCUGCAUGUUGUAAUCUUUCUCAUCCCAGUGUGAGCUAAGUGCAGCAAUGAUUUCAGAUUAGCUGCCAUAUUUAGUUAACAAAUGGCUUCAGUUAGCGAUGGUCAGGUGAUGUGCUGGUGUGACUGAGGGGCACAAAUGAACCCUAACAUCAACAUGAGCCUGACAAAAAAAAGAAAAAACAAAAGCUGCAGAUGUAGGAGAUCACCUUUCUUUGCUCCUGCACCCUGCAGAGAACCUCCGUGCUUCAUGAGAGGGAUCUCCAGAAACUUAUGAACUCCUUUUUUACUGUAGUACAGGCCUUGUCACAUGCAUAACAAAUGUCACAUGGUAAAAAAUAACCCCCCAAAAUUCCUGGAUUUGUUGCUCACUCACCUGAACAAUGCGUUUCUUUUUUUAAAUACCGAGUCGUGCUCAGUAGAUUUUAAAUUAGACCUCAGUCAGUUAUAAUCAGCAGUUCACUGAUUCAUUCCCAAGGUCUCUUCUUGUAAUCCUACCCCUUACCCACCAUGCACUGGGAGGUUUCUAAGGCGACCCUGACAGUCAACAAACAUGGCUGCUGCUGCUGCAGGGAGCUCUCACAAACAUGAGCGAUCCUGCUCCCACAUCCCAACGUUCUCAGCUCGACAUCCCAUGAUCCCCAAACUGUAUGUGAUGCCAUGGAAACAGGACAUGCGGAACCAGAGGCUGCUGAUGAAGAACGCAGCUCUGGCAGAGAUCCCUGUGGUUCCUCUGGAGGAGUCCUUGUGUUUUUGUGGUCGGGAGCGUCUCUGCCACAGUCAGGACUGCACUCACCGCUCCACCUCCUCCUCCUCCUCCUCCUCCUCUUCCUCUGCUCCUCUAAGCCAGCUAAGCCAGACAGGACUGACAGCUCACCACUCCUCCCACUUCUCCAGGUACAACAGCUCUGUGAUUACCACCAGGCGACUCUACCAAGCCUGAAGACAGAUCACACAAACACUAAUAAACCUGUCUGCUUUACACUUUCUCUGUCUUACUAUAUAAUGAUGAAAACUGUGUGUGUGUGUGUGUGUGUGUGUGUGUGUGUCUGUUCCACGUUUUUCUCCUCACUGACUUGGUCAAUCCAUGUGAAAUUUGGCACAGUGGUAGAGGGUCAUGGGAGGAUGCCAAUGAAGCAAUAUUACAUCAAUUGGCCAAAGGGGGGC